AGAAAAACAUAUAAUAUCUUCGAGUGAGGGUGAAGAGUUAGCGCAGAAAGCACAAACGAAGUAACAGAUGGUGGUGAGGUAGGUGAUGGCUCCCUUUGCCCUUUACUUCAACACUCUGCAAUUUCGACAAUCUCUCACUUUCUCGUACUCCAAGCCUAACCUUUGUUGUCUCUGUCAACGUCGUCCUUCAAACAACAUCGUCACUUUCAUUUCCAUCAAAACAAAACAAACUGCAAUUCGACACUCUUAUCUCAAUUCUCUACCCGAAACCGCUCCAUGGUUUGCCAAGACAGCUCCUUACGCUUUCAGAGACUGCAGGGGGUCUUUGGAAGCAAGAGCUACCAUCAGUGGCAGCAGUUGCACGGUUACCGAGAAAGUGGAAAAGAAGAUGAGGAAGAGGAAACUGGAUAGGGAUAGCCCGCAAGUGAAGUUGAAGAAUGCUUUGGACAUGUGUUCUAAAAGAGGUGAUGUUAUGGGGGCGUUGUCCUUAUAUGACGCUGCAAUCUCAGAGGGUGUCAAACUGGGGCAGCACCAUUACACUGUGUUGUUGUAUCUGUGUUCUUCUGCAGCUGUCGGUGUUGUUCGACCGGCUAAAAGUGGAAGUGGUGCUAGAACUCUCAACGCACUUGUUUCCUCCGACGGACUUCGGAAUGAGGGGCUCAGUGAACCAAUGGACACAAAUGACUCAUCUUUUGAGUUGGAUUGCAAUGCUGGGUUAAAUUCUGAUUUGAAUUCCACUCAGAAAGAUGGGAUUUUUGUGGUGAGUGAUGAAGUCAAGAGAUAUGCACUUGAGAGAGGGUUUGAGGUGUAUGAGAAUAUGUGUGUGGGUAAGGUUCAAAUGAAUGAGGCUGCGCUGACGGCUGUGGGUCGAAUGGCCAUGUCCGUGGGUGAUGGUGACAUGGCUUUUGAGAUGGUGAGACAGAUGAAGGACAUGGGGAUAAGUCCUAAGUUAAGGUCUUACGGUCCUGCUUUAUCCACAUUUUGCAAUAAUGGGGAAAUAGAUAAGGCGUUUGCUGUUGAAAAGCACAUGCUUGAGCAUGGUGUUUACCCUGAAGAGCCUGAGUUGGAGGCUCUCUUGAGGGUGAGCAUAGGAGCUGGAAAUAGUGACAAGGUUUAUUAUGUGUUGCACAAAGUAAGAAGUAGUGUGAGGAAAGUAUCUCAGGCCACUGCGUCUUUGAUUGUUGAUUGGUUUAAGAGCAAGCAGGCUUCAAGAGUUGGGAAGAGAAAAUGGGAUAAGAGAUUGAUAAUGGAAGCAAUAGAAAAUAAUGGUGGAGGCUGGCAUGGGCAGGGUUGGUUGGGUAAGGGGAAAUGGGAAGUUGCUCAUACAACCAUUGGAAAGGAUGGAGUGUGUAAGUGCUGUGGACUGCAGUUGACCACUAUUGAUCUCGAUCCUAUUGAAACUGAACAUUUUGCCAAGUCAGUUGCAUCUAUAGCCAUGAUGAGAGAAAAAGGCUCAAACUUCCAGAAAUUUCAGAAAUGGCUUGACUACUAUGGACCUUUUGAAGCGGUGGUAGAUGCUGCAAAUGUUGGCCUUUUUGGCCAAAGUAGGUUCAUGCCACACAAGAUCAAUGCUGUUGUCAAUGAAAUGCGCCAAAGGCUCCCUUCAAAGAAGUUACCACUUAUCAUUUUGCAUAAUAAGCGUAUCAAGGGAGACAAAAUGGAUGAACCAGUCAAUAGGGCAUUAAUUGAUAAGUGGAAUGCUGCUGAUGCACUCUAUGCAACACCUUCAGGAUCAAAUGAUGACUGGUACUGGUUGUAUGCAACUAUAAAAUUUAAAUGCUUACUUGUUACCAAUGAUGAGAUGAGAGAUCAUCUAUUUCAACUUUUGGGAAAUGACUUUUUCCCCAAAUGGAAAGAAAGGCAUCAGGUACGCUUCAGUUUCUCUGGUGGUGGUAGUCCAGUGUUUCACAUGCCCCCUCCUUGUUCUGUUGUAAUUCAGGAAUCAGAGGAAGGCCACUGGCAUAUUCCAAUUGAAACAGAACUUAAUUAUGAAUCAGAAAGAAGAUGGUUGUGCAUUACCCGUGCUAAACUAGACAUGGUUUUUAAAGAUUCUUCCACAUCAUUUAAAGAUGGUCAAAGGUUAGGGUUGGAAAUGCAAGAACUUGUUACUCGCUAAAUUUAUGAUCCUCUCCAUUUUAGAGAUUGCAUUGAGACUCUAAACACUUGCAAAAAGGAGAAUGUGCAAGAUCAACUACUAGAAAUGCCUCUGAAAAGGAUCCACAACGUCAGAAUCCUUUCAACCACGAAGAAAAAAGGGAAAAGUCUCAGGAAUUGUAUAAAAGUGUUAGAGAUAUUUUUUUAGGACCAGUAUCUUCGGAUAAUAAUAACUCUAUAUUGUCUGACAUUGAAGCUGCAGAAUCAAUUGGUGGUUGUACCAUUGAUUUUCAGAUAUAGAGCUGCCAUUGUUGUGCUGAUCAUCUUGAGCUAUGCACUAGAAAUUAUCAUAGCGGUCUUAUGUGAAGCUCCAAUAUAGUUUUAUAUUGCCGGAAGAAAUACAAAGGAUAAUAUGUAGUUCUAAA